AUGGGUGUCAUAAUAGAAGAACCGAGAAUUUCGCUUCAGCGGUGUCCAGAUAUGGAAAUUCGGCUUGAUACUCCGAAAGGUCGUGGCGUCUUCGCAACAAAAGAUAUACCAGCAAAGGCAAUAUUAGAUAUCUGCCCAGUGUUGUUGCUUGGCUUAGAAGAGAACAAGGAACACAUAGAGAAGACUUCGUUGUACCACUAUACCUACAACUGGCCUUGUGCCGUCCCCAAUAGCGAUAAGAAGUCGGCUCAGGCCGUCGUUUUUGGACUUGGUUCUAUGUUCAAUCACUCGACACAAGACCAGAAUGUCGUGUGGGAACGCGAUACCGAGCGGCUCGUUAUUACUUAUCGAGCUUGGAGGGAUAUACACGCCGGCGAGGAGCUUUGCAUAUCAUACGGAAGCCAUCUCACUUUCAAGGACGCAGAUGCUCCAGUGCUACUUCCCCCGGAGACAGAACUUGAGCAGCUCAAUCAAAUACAGUUCGAUUAGAAAAAU